AUGCCUCCCAACCUCUAUUGGGUACUUGGCUGCACACCGCACGGCGACAUAUUCACCUUUACGCCUUCUGAGGAGGGCUUCGAGACCAUCCUAAAAGGUAGGAGGGUAGGUAACUGAAAAAAUAUGUUUUUCAUAACUUUCCCCGAAAGCAAUUUCGGAAAAUUGCCAACUCCUCCGCUCUACCACACUUUCUCGCAUGCCAAGUUCGAAACAAGUAAAUUAUGUGAAUGCUAUUACUCGAGUAAGAUUUUUGUACACAGAAGACACACAGGACCAAACGAGGGUCCCACAGGAAGAUUUCCAAGGAUGCUCGCGUCCGCGAAAUCUGAAAAUCAAGUUUGCUUCCUUUGUACCGAACCAUCACUUUAGGCAUUCCUCCAGAUGCUAAGUGCGCGUAAACUAACAUAAAUUUAUACCAGGGUAGUUGCACAGGGAAUUAGAGCACUUGGCCCUAAAUCCUUUAUCUCUAAAGGCCAGCAGAAUGUAAACUACCAAACCUAUUGUUAGCUGGAGUUUUGAAAAAUGUUUUCGAUUAAAAAGAGAUUAUGAGGUGCGUUCGUAAUAUCGAUUAUUGUGACGCCUGAUACCAAGAUAUUUCAGAUGUGAUAGAAUGCUGGUUUUUGAACACGCUUCUUUCUGGCCGUCUGCAUCGAUAAAAAGUGGCUGCUUAAGUAGGAGGAUUGUUCCAUUGAUUUUCGAUGCUCUCAUGUGUCCAAGUAUAUUUUCUAGAAAGCGGGCACACACAUUUAACGUCUUACACUCAUUUGGCAGAGGAUAACGCUUUUUCCGUAUUUUAUUCUCGAAGACUAGCUAUCUUUCGGAGUUGAAACGACUUUUUAAAUUACGGAAUAAUUUUGAAUCUGAACUGACGCUACACUUGGAUUUGCGAGUUCCAUACUUCAAAUCGCCUACUUCCCAUAUAAGAAAGAUCGGUUACUCUAUGCAAUUCGAAGAUAACAUCCAGCGCUCAUAAAUUUUGCAAUGAGUGUGGAUCAUGCUGUAUACUUCAUAAAUAUUCUAACUAAAUGGUCAGGUUAGAUGACAUUUGAAUAAAUAUUUACGGUUUAAAAAGCUCAUAGUCGGAAAAUUUAAAACUAAAAAUUGCCUUUUCUCAAAGCAUAAAGUUAAAUGGGCAACCGCCAACUAAAUGAGCCAAAGAAAGCUUAUGUUUAUGUCUUUUACAGAAUAUAGUUAAAUUCAUAUGAGCACCGAAAAACAUUGGAAAAAAUUCAUUCUUCAUAAGUAGUUGCUUUUUACCGAAUAUGCUUGUUGCAUGCGACCAAAAAGAGUCGCAUUCAAACGCCGACAUUCUGGCUGGCAUCCAAGUAAUCAGUGUUAUAACCGCACCUAAACACUCCUCUCUAAUUGAAACCAUAUUUCUGGGCUUAUGUUAACACAUCACUAGAUACUUCAGUUACUGCGACUCGGACGACCUUUGCGAGGGGAGCUCCGACCACUUUUGGGUAAUGUCCCGUGUCAGAUAUACCCAGGAAUCAUAUCUGUAACUUAUCUCCUGGUAAACAGACUCUGCUAUUUUAGAAUAUAUCCAUGCCUAAGGGGGCUCUCAAUAAAAAUUUCUAUCGAGGUCUAUAUUAGAGGGAUUUGUACAUGACAGAAUGCUGACUAUCAACUGAAAGUUUUCAAUUAACUUUAGAGAAACUAAUGUAUAUUUCUAUUUAUUCCACAAUUUUUCUAUAGGAGGAAUAAUAGGAAGAGAAAUCUACUUGGUUGUUUAGAAAAUUACAGUUUUAAAACACGUGUUUCGACUUAAGAACAAAUAGGCGUUAAAUACGGGACCCAUAAAAACACACAGGCCGUUAAAAAUCUAAGACGGUAUUUAGUGCUGCAUGGUGUUUCAGCAGAAUUUUAUCUGAGAAAGUUACCAACCAGCCGUGCGAAUCCCCUAUUUUUGAAGUGCGCACUGAAAAAAACAGGUUGUAAAGAAGGUGCAGCAGCCGCUCCAGUCUUUUUUCUUCGGCUCCGUUUAGUCGGUACUGGGCGGGAGAAUGUCUCGGACAUAAAAGAUGUUCAGAUGGCAACACAUUUGUAGAAAUUCUCUACACAGUUUGAUUGAGAUUUGGCCUGAACUUGUAUGGCUGAAUUUCGUUGAUAACAUCCAUCUAGAAUCGCGACAGCGUGGUGGCAGCCGCGAUGUGUGACAUAGAAAAAACAGCAGGGCGAAGUCGAGUGGGGAUUUCUUUUGACGGUUGAGUUCAGCCAUGUCUGGAGGUUUCGCUUCGAACACCGGAGGAGGGGAGGUUGUCAAUUUGUGGCGGUCAAGGAUGUGAGAUCAACUUAAACCACUUACAAUAAGUUCGUUUUGCCUAAUGUCAGAGGUCAGAGAGCUGUGAGGGCUAGUUUAUUCUAUACACAGUGCAGGCUGCCGUAAGUUGGCUGGUUGUCUGCGACAAGAGAUAAGCGUCCGUUCGCGGAGAUCGUCAGCCGCGGUGUGUAGUUUACGCGAGAGUGAAUGUCUGUGUCAGUAGGUGGGGGUGAAUGUCUGAGUGCUGAUCAUGAGAUUGGACAAAUUAGGGGAGGAAUAGGGGCCGCAUAUUCACAAGGCCUCACAGGUAUCACGCCGGAGCGUUCUACGCGCGUGAGGUGAUGAAAGUUUGUGAGGUCAGCCGAGAGUCACUGAAGUUGAACCGGUGGUGUCCCAGUUCUAGCCGGCGGGGGUGGCCGUGUGUCAACAGCUGCCGCGGCCAUCGUUCGACAAAACGGAGCCGGAGGAAAGGGGGACUGGAGCGGCUGCUACAAAGGUUCAACAGAAGCUUUCUGGGAUGCCUACUCUACAACUGUGUACAUACAUUUUGAUACAAUUUGGUAAAUGUGACACAACCGAACAACAAGAACGAGUGUCCUGGCCCUCUGCUUAAACAAUAAAUAUUCUGCACAAUUUCCUUCCAUCAUUUGUCCUGGAAAGGUAUCACUUAGAGUCUUAGGAAAAUGUCCUACGCAUGAAAAAGGACUCGGAUCGGUUCCUGGAGCAGACAGGCUCCAGCGGCGCGUCCCCCGGGGUAAUGCGUAGACUGUUGUCCUGCUCAUCUGUGUCGGAGUGCGAGCCCAUCCAAUGAUAUCAAGAUAUAAAAAUGAAAGACAGUAACAGCUGCCGAAGUGACUGAAGAAUGCAGACUUACCGGGCCUUUUAUUUGGUAGUUUUUGCAAUUUUUUUGAUCUCAGAUAUUACAUUCCUUGAGAAAGGAGCAUUGGAUUAAUGUCCUGUUUGUCCCAACACCGACUGAUGAUAUCGAUUAAGUAAAAUGACUAUGGCUGGUUUUUGCUAUUGAGCUAUCUGUUUGAAAGGAUUGGUGUUUUCCGUCUCCAACCGCAGGCAAGGGAUGUGGUUUGCAUAUGAAGCAACCACACAUAAUCAGUGUCUGCAGAGUUUGCACAAUUUGUUUGUCGGCUUCCCUAGUGACCACUUUUCUCCGUACGACGCGAAACACGUAUAACAAGAACAUGAGCAUUAAUUUGCGUAGUUCAUAAAGUCACAACUGAAGUCAAAGUCCUACCAGCUAUUCCAAUUCUUUAUUUUUUUGACAGAAAAUCAACAAACCUACUGCCUGGAUAUAUCGCCAGAUGGACUGGAACUCGCAACUGCUGGUGUGGAUCAUCAGAUUAGGAUAUACGGUCUUUAUCCCGGAUCCGUGACUGGGUUUGAAAAGCCUAAGAACACAUUGGACACCCGUGGUCAUGUAAUAGAACCUGGACCCAGUAAGUUUGAAGGUGUUCCGAAGGGUGCAUGACUCAAAACAGUUACAGUUGGCGCCGUCCCAAUGAUAUCGAUAACUAGCAUCACCAUCAAUUCGUUAACCCUUUUUCCGCUUACACAAUUUUAGUUCGCUAACCAUAUCUCUAAAAACAGUUUUUUGAUUGCGGUGAAGGUGGUCUAGGCUUGCAUUCAUUCAUGGAACAUUUUUGUUAGUACAUAUGCAUAUAAAUUUCACAGCUAUAUAAUCUUACUAUGUUUGCAUUUAUGCGGUUACCGGACUUCUCAAUUUCCCUUCCAUCUUUUGCAGUUUCCUGUGAGAGAAAACCCGAAAACUUUCCUCUGAACAAUGAGCCGCAGCCCCGACUUCCACGGCCACUGUUCCCAGGCGGGAGGCCAGAUCAGAUUGUAAACAGAUCCUGCAAGCCCUAUAUUGUCAAUGCUUGUUACAGCACCCCCUAUUUACCCCCACCGGCAUGUGAAUACCCUGAGCCUGCCGGCUACUCUGCGACUCCAGGCAAUGGCAUUGUGAUCCCAGUCAUUCUGGGUUAUAAGCCAACUGCCCCCGGAGAAAAUUAUACCAAGGGGCAUUCAAUGAGGAUCAUGGCACUUCGCUAUCAUCCGAAAACACCUUAUUUGCUGGCCUCGGCAAGCUGGGACAACCUUGUAAAGGUGAGGGACGAAACACAGACAGCUAAACGAAAAGCGUUACUCAUGCUUUAAAAGUAGCCUAUUUGUUUUAGAUUUGGGACACACGGAUUCGCGGUAAACCCGUUCACAAAAUAUAUGGACCUCAUUUGUGCAGUCCAGACGGACUUGACAUGGAUGAUGUCUACAUUCUGACGGCCUCCUGGAGGAAGCGCGAAUGUCUACAGGUUUGUUGAGGAUUUGAACAAGUUCUGCUAAGGUUAGGUCGUCUGCUACGAUUUUACAACGUCGAAUUUGCGUCCAUGAGACUUGUAGCGCAUCCCGUUGGACUUCUAAUCAACAGGUCGCAGGUUCGAGCUCUGAGGACUGCAAAACCUGGGGGUGGGUACGGCUGACUAAUGACAGCUAAUAGGCCGGAAGUGGCUAUUCCAGUCUCCCUUAUACUUGUCGGUAAUGCCACUAUGAUACUAGCAACUGAGCGGCUGCUGGUGAUGCUUGAGGUUGAGCCCCAAGGCACAAGUGGACGAAUAUGUCCUGUCCGGCGACUGGUAAGCGCCCUUCCACCAAUUUUAGAGAGGAAAAACAUAUUACAGUUGGGUUAAUAUUCAUAGAGGGAAAACAAAGAUAGGGGUGUAUUAGAGAAGACACAAUCAAACGUUUCUGACUUCUCGGUUUUAUGCUCUAUUGUUUUUUGUGCUGCAAAUCCAAUUCUGUGAUUUUGAUGUAAUUUAACCCUCAUUCCUUUUCAGAUUUGGGAUAUGCGUCAGCUGGCUUCGAAAACAAGCCCGCCAUCAGCGCCGGGUGAUCCGAUGGAGGAUCCGACCCUCACAUUAGUCAAGCAAGCCUACAUGACACCCGCGGAGUCCAUCCCAGUAGCCGGGGUUCCGACUUGGGAAAAGACACCAAAUGAAGAUCAGGGCGAGUAUCUGUAUGCAGCGAAGCUACUACCAAGUCGAGCUGUCAUCUGCGGCGGUUCUGGCUUCAAGGAGGUCCGAAUCGUGCAUCGCGACACAAAACUGGUGCGUUGUCUUUUUAGGAAGGAGAUCGGUGCAGGAUGUGGGUAGUUUACAUGACAAGACGUACACAUGCAAGAAGUGGUUGCGGAGGGCAUUGUCGCUGAUUAGAACUUUUGUAUCAGUUAGGCCCUUCCCGGCGACAAUUUGGGUUCUUGAAUGCUCUUUGUUUGGUUAGGUACACAAUUUGCCUUUAGUCAUGACAACCAAGCGCGGUCAUGAACUCCCUAUCACUUUCGCAUCUGUCAUCCAAUCCGCGCAAACAACUCUGACAUGCUAACUAGUUGACCGUAAUGACAUUUAACAACGGCGUGCAGAUUAAUCAAAAAGUACAAGAAUUUCCUCAACCAUAACGCCAGACUGACGGUCGAGGCUCCAGAUUUUUGGUAUUCUUUGACUGUGUUGCGUUACAACUAUUCACCGGGUUCACGGCCUGAUUUUUUCGAUCCUUUCGGUUGAGUGGGCUCAACCCCAACUACUAGAGUUACAUAGUGCAAUCAAAUAGCCCCCUUUACCCAGAAGACUCCACACGUUUCUAAUUACUUCAUCAGUGGCAGUAGGAGCAGUAGUUAGCGGCUAGAACGCGGCAGAAAGUUGGGCCGGGGUGAUAGGGGGGGGGGUGAAAAACAGGAGGCAGAGCCAAGUAGUUACACAGGUGAUACUUGGGGCGGUGGGGGUAGUAGCAGCAUCAGCAGUGGUUGGUGGUAAUAGAAACCCUUUAUAGAUAAUUGUGGUGAGGGUCUCUGUCCUGGCAAAAAUACAUACUCAACUGCUGGUAACUGAAUUAUUAAGAGGAAGCGGACAGCCAUCAAAAUGUCAGUACGCCUGGCUUUAUACGUUGGCAUUUCACCUGUCAGCUAUUUUUCGUUUCAUACAGCCUAUUCUCCGCAUUCCGAUGGAUUCGGUGGUUCAGACUCUGGACACCGUACUCGAGGGCCGCUACAUCGCCACCGGUUGCGCUAGUGGUUCCAUCACAAUCAGUGGCCUCGCGUGA